AUGUCCUCAAAACUCGACGAAGCAUGUCUAAAAGAUCCCAAAAUUAUUUACUACGAAUUUCGUUCAGGACUGCCGAUUUUCGAGUGUUACAAGAAUUUUUGUAACAGAAUGGAAUUAGAUUCAAUCAAUUUUAUCGAGUUUGAAUUCUGGUUUCAGCGAUUUUCGGCGGGAAAUUUCGAUUUGGAUUAUGAUAGAAGCAAGGACCCGAAAUAUCGUACAAUUACUGAUAUGCCAGUGGAUGUUUUCCAGAAAAUUUGUGAAAAUUUGGGAGAAGAUUAUCAAGAAGACUAUCGAUUCGUCUUCCGCCACGUGUGCAAGUCCUUCCGCGCUCUAGCGGACUCUUGGAUUCCGACCUUCACAGAGAUUUCAAUUAAAUCAAAAUCUGAUGCAAUUAUUGUGAAAUUCGAUGACGAAGAAAUCGAAUAUACGGAUGGAAAUCGUGCAAUUAAACAUUGGAAUCAAUUUCCAGCAAUUCUGGAGAAAUUGAAUUGGGCUUUGAAGGAAGAUGCGAUGUGUUCUUUCAAUUAA